AAAAACAAUCUCAGAAGCCCAAGCACCAAAACCCAAAAUCACUGAGCACUCCAGGAGCUCGGCUGCAGACAGACUCUUUGAUUUGCAGGGAGAAAAUGGGGAGGAAGAAGGGAGUCGUGGAGUUCGAUGAGACCGCGCCGGACUUCGAUCCGGCGGACCCGUACAAGGACCCGGUGGCCAUGCUGGAGAUGAGGGAGCACAUCGUUCGCGAGAAGUGGAUCGAUAUAGAGAAGGCCAAGAUCCUUAGAGAGAAAGUCAAGUGGUGCUACCGCGUCGAAGGAGUCAACCACCUCCAGAAAUGCCGUCACCUCGUCCGUCAAUACCUCGACUCUACCCGCGGCAUUGGGUGGGGAAAGGACGGCCGCCAUCCCUCCCUCCACGGUCCGAAGGUUGAGUCCGUGGAGUCAGAAUGAUUUCUUCAUGGAUUAUGUGAGAUUUUUUAUCUUGUGCUGCAGUUGAGGCCUUCAAUAUCAGAUCAGUUUAAUUGUAUCAUGGACAGUUAUCUCUUUGUUUUGCUGUUAUAACCUGUGCCAGAUCUUACUGGUUUUGCCUUUAUUGUACUUUGUUUGGUUAGCAUGAAAAGAUUUGCUAUUACAUUGACGAGAGUACAUCACAUAAUGUAAUAAGAAGCAUCACAUAAGUGGAGGUUUCUUUUGUUUCUUCAUUCUAAAAUUAGGUUUGUUUUAUUUCAUACAUUUAAUGAUAAAUUAUACAAUAAUAG